AUGGCUAUCGACGAAGGCUUUACAGACGAGUAUGUCGUAGGCCAUACCCCUCCUCCUUCGCCUUUCAAGCCAUCUCAGUCAUGGAUGACUGAGCUCAACGAUGCCCAGCGGCAGGAGCUUGCAUAUCAGCUCCUUAUGACCCUCCCAAGGUCUCACCUGGCUGAACUCCACCGAAACUUGGCUCCCAAGUUAAAGGUAGACAUUGUGGCAUCUCUUCCUCCCGAAAUAUCCAUUUCAAUACUAUCGCACUUGUCCUAUACAGACCUACUCACAUGUGUCCUUGUGAGCAAAAAAUGGCAAACACUGGCCAACGACCAGGAGCUAUGGAGAAGGCAAUGUAAUCUCCGCGGCUGGGAGUGGAAACCCCCGCGGACUGGCAUCAUCGCAACUCAGCAAUCAGGCCACCGAAAAGACCUGGAUGUCGAUGAAGGAGUCGGCGAAGAGGAAACAGAGUAUGUCGAUCUACCUGUAGCCGGGCCCUCCAAUGCGCAACGAACAAGAUCGCACGACUCGGGCUUCGUUUCGAUGCUCUCUGACACGUCGACCUCGCUAACGAUCCCGGGGCUGCCUCGUUCGUCGUCAGUGCAACAGAUUGGUCUUGCGCUCUCGAGACUUGACAAACCAAGCACGUUGCUCCAUAGCCAUCGUAUUCUUCCCAUCGUAUCGACCCUCCCUGCUGGUACAGCUCCCAAUUACAAGCUUCUGCACCAAACUCAUAUGUUGCUCAACUCCCGAAUGAGAAAUUCUUCGUUCCGAAUGACGGUGCUGCCCCUUAGAGAACCCUCUCCGGACUUGUUGUUCCAUUCACUCCCUCAGGGACACACGUCGACAAUAUACUGUCUGGCGCUGUAUACACAUCCUCUCACUGGGCAGCAACAUUUACUUACGGGGUCACGAGACUGCACUAUUCUGGAAUGGGAUCUGUGCACACGUCGGCCCGUCAGGUGUUUCAAAGGGGCUCACUUUGGGAGCGUGCUAAAUUUGGCUGUUUCCGGAGAGUGGAUGGUCACAGGAGGGUCAGAUGGCCAAGUGGUGGUUUGGAACUUGAUUACCGGUGCCGUACACAAAGCGAGAAGAGAUACCGAGGAUAGUGUGCUAUGUGUUCGAGCUAGCUCGAAAACGAUCGUCGCUUGCGGAAAAGAUCGCCACUUGCGCAUUUAUUCGUUGCCCGACCUCAAGCUAGUCCACAUCUUGGUGUCCCACCGGGCUGCCGUCAACGCCUUGUCACUCUCGCCAGACGGUUUGUUCGUAAUUUCCGCUUCGGGGGAUAGAAGUGUUAGAAUAUGGGAUACCGUAACCGGGAAGAUUGUCGCUUCGCUUGAGGGGUGGCAUUCGCGAGGAAUUGCCUCUAUAGACUUCCAUCCGCCUUACAUUGUAUCCGGCUCUUCAGACAAACACAUUCGGCUCCCCGAAAAUCUCCCUAACUCCCUCACAUCAAGUCUAGAAUUCGAAACCCCAGUCACUCCAUCGCAUCCUCCCUUGCCCCUGGUAUCAUCUUCUCAACUUUGCCAAUCUUGCAACGGCCUCGGAACAGUCGCCAAGCCGCGAGCCGGCCAUAAAGACCUCGUUAGGACGGUGGCCAUGAACCGUGAUUUCGUGGUCAGCGGGAGCUACGAUGAGACCAUCAAGGUUUGGGAUCGCCGGACUGGUGCGCUGCUCGGUGAUUUGACUGGUGGACAUACGGGACGUGUGUUUGGCGUUGUAUUUGAUAGCACCAAGAUUAUUUCUUGUGGUGAGGACCAGGUUAAAAAUAUGUAUUUGGGACUUGAGUUUCGGACUGGACACGAGUUUCAUAAAGCUCUAGUAAUGCUAAUUAUGUACUUUCCUAUACCAUCUCAUUCGCAUGUAACUAUUCGAUAUGUACCAGAAUCUAGUCAUAUGUUCGGUUUCGGAGCCGGAGAUAUUGACUUGUCGUCAUCAUCUUUUCGCCACGACCGCCUCGCUCCCUCAUCCGCCAUGCGUGUAAACCAGCCGUCGAACCAGAUCAAGCUGACAAAUGUGUCUAUUGUACGAUUAAAGAAGGGGGGAAAGCGAUUCGAGAUAGCAUGCUAUAAGAAUAAAGUUCAAGAAUGGAGGAAUGGUGUUGAAACCGACCUCGAUGAAGUCCUCCAAAUCAAUAAUGUCUUUACGAAUGUCUCCAAAGCUUUCGGCAAGACAGACGUCUCGGAAAUCGUCAAAGAGAUCCUGAAGAAGGGAGAACUUCAAGUCGGAGACAAGGAAAGGGCGCACGAGUCUUCUCAGCUCUGGAAGGAAAUUGCGACGCAGGUGGCUGAGAAGUGCGUUGAUCCCACCACGCAGAAGCCUUACCCCGUUGGAAUAAUUGAGAAGGCGAUGACUGAGGCUGGAUUCAGUGUCAAGACUGGGAAGAAUGCCAAAGCCCAGGUCAGUUCUCGAAUGUAUCAAGCACUUGCAAGCCAAUUCGACUCUUCCUAUCAGAGGGCCCGGAUGCGUGUCAGGAUAACCAUGCCCUCCAAAGACGGAAAACGACUAAAGGAUCAAGUUGUUCAGGGUGCAGAUAAAGUCGAGGAUGAGGACUGGGGCGAGGAAUGGCAAAUUACCAUGCUUAUUGACCCUGGCCAGUUCCGAGUCCUAACAGAACUGGUCCAGUCGGACAAAGAGCUGAAAGGAUCUGGCCGAAUUGAGACUCUCAGUUUCUCCGCCUCUACAUAG